AUGAGUAAGGUUAAAGAGGAAUUCGAAUUGAUUGAUAGGACUUCUUCGAAUUGCUCGACGAUCACCGAGCCGGCAGUGAGGUUCCGCUACCCGCUGAAACAAAAACUUUGGUUGUCUAGCAGCGAAUCGAGGUAUUUCAAAGCUGCUUUAGUUUACUUGAAAAUUUCGAAAUUUCAGAGCUUAUGUCUUUCGAUUGUUUACAUGUUUCUACGCGCUGUUCAUCGUCAUAGCGGGAAUCACGAUAGAACUGUCAAAUAUAAUCGCAGAAUCAGAGAAUACCGAGAAAAUCAGCAUUAAAGACCUGGUAAUCAUCUGCUAUUAUUGACCUAUAUCGCCUUGUAUCAAUAAUAGUUACUUUACAAUAAUGUUCCAAUGUUCAGGCUCUAGGAACAUGGUUGCUCGGCGGCUCGAUUGUUUUCAUUACUUACUGCUCCUAUCUAGUACACAACAUGCAUGUAGCAAUUAAACGAAAACGACAAAGUAUGCGAAUGAGUACAUUGAGUGACGGUGCUGAGCCAGAAGUUUUGGCGAACACUUCGACUGGAAGUCUCUAUCUUCGUCUCGGAUGUGUCGGUUAGAAAAAUGUUUGAGAUUAUUAUAGUGAUUCACAGGUUUUUAGUGUUUGGAAUGAUUGGAGUAGUCUACUAUCUGCUUAUUUUUGUGAUAUGCAUUUUGGGUUGGAGCUCAAAUGAGGGUGAAUGCAGUGCCAUGUAAUUUUUCUCUUUUUCUCUGAAAAGUCGCAAUAGCAUUUAAAUUUCAGAUCGGAUAUUCUCAAUUGCAUGGCUGCCAUUUUCAUCUUUGUCCAAAUGUGGUUUGUCUAUUGCAAUGGAAAAGUGAGAUUUGAGAUUUGCCGUUUUUUCUAACAAUAACUGCGAAUUCCAGAUAAUUUUCACGGGAGACGGAAACUUGGCGAGAUUUGGAUUGAUGCAUCUAACAGGAACAAAUCUAUGGAUGUGGCUCAGGUACAUCCUUUACGAAGAAGUGGAAACUAUCAAGGAAAUCAGACAUGCUCAACACAAGAACGAAACUUUGUCAAGAGGUAAAGAGUUAAGAAAAAUGAAGAAAUUUGAACUAAAACUUAAUUUUUAUGAUUCCAAUGUGAAACUUUGAAUAUGUUCCAAUUUCAGGCCAUGACGAGAAAGAAGAGCCGUGCAAAGGAGUUCUCUGUCUGUUCAGCGGGUACAACGAGUUUAUGUACACGUGUGUCGUGGAAUAUUCCCUUAUUUGUGCUGGUGUUGCUUUCGUUUUCUGGACGAACAUUGAAAGAUACAAGCGGGAACAGGUAACAAAAACUUGACGACAACUUUAACAAAGAGUACUCCUGAAAUUCGGUCAGAUGGAGAAAAAGAUGCGGAAGCGAAGUAUUCUCAAAAUCGACUGUUCCCGAACGGCGGAAGGAUUGUUUGCUGGAUUUGCAUGUAUUAUAGUUACUAUCAUAGCGAUUGCUCUGUUCAACGCUUACGCUUCCGACAAAAAUGUCGCUCAAUGGGUUCGUUUUUUUUAAUAUCUCUAACAUUGAGUGAUUCUUUCAGAUUUUCUCUUGCACAAACAUGAUUUUCUUCAUAAUUUCAACGUUUUUGGUUGUUUUCGCUUUCUGGAGGAUGAAAUUUCUGAAAUUUCUUAUGGAAGAUGAUGAUGAAGAGGAUGACAACGCAGAACUUCUGGAUAGAAUUCUUCUGGUCGUGGGAUUGAUCGGAGAACUGAUAUUUUCGAUUGGUGGCAUUCUUUCAUUCAUCAACAACAUGACCAUUGGCCUUCCACUCGUCAUUUUCAUCACCAACAUUCUUCGCUUAGUAAGUUUUUGAUAUAUUUUAUUGGAAAUUAAAUGAAUCAGCUUUUUAGGUGCAAGUAACUCUACAAAGCGGUCUUAUAAUUGUUGCGUCCCGGUUGAGGUUAGAAGAGAACAAUCUUCACAUGCUCAGGUACAAACCUGGCAAACAGGUCUGUUUUUUUGUUUCACUAUCUGAAAAUUAAAAGGCCUAGUACAGGUAGUCACAAUGCUGCUCAUGAUGAACUGUGCUCAAUUCCUCAUGAACGUGUUUGAGGCACAGAAAGCUGGAGUAAACGACGAGAUGAUCAAUAUGUACGGCUCUUAUUACUGGGCCAUCAUAGUCCGAGGAUGCUCGCCUCUGACCAUCUUUUACAGGUGAAUUCCCUUUUCCCAUUUUUUAUUAAAUACUACCAAAAAACCAACAAACAGAAAACAUCAUUUCAGAUUUCACAGCUCCGCCUGUUUUGCAGAGGUCUGGAAGAAGACUUUCAGACCUCCGAAAAAACCGAAACGGCACGAGGAAGAGCGGACACAGUUGUGA